AUGCUGCGAUUCAAAGCUGCUGCGUCGAAAAAAGUUAAAGCACGUCGUGCUCAACGUCACCUACAUCGGGAAAUCAUAGAUCAAUUGUUUCGGUCUGUGGACAUUAGUAGCAGCGAUGAUAAUGAGUCAGACCAUAACGAAACAGAUGAAGGUAAAACUGAGUCUUUAUCAGCGAGUCUUCCGCUGGGUGUGUCAGCGGAGAAAUCAAUUAAUUACAAAAUCGAUCAAUUCGAUGAUGCUCAGUUACCCAACGAAGAACCGAUCGAAAUCGAUAACUCUGAUUGGUUAUUUGACGGUAGUCGAAUCACAGCAAAAGAUGCUGUACGCCGACUAACAUCUUUCAUGAUUGAUUUUAAUAGAAACAAACGAACUGUCAUCGGUUUGCUUCGUAUCAUUAAAGGGCUUCUACCGACACCCAACCGAUUACCAACAACUUGGAAAGGAAUUUUGAAAGCUCUUGGCCAUGUAUCUACAUCACAUUCGUCUUAUUUAUGUGCCAAUUGUUUGAAGCACUGUAGAAAGAAUCUACAUGGAGUGAAAUCGUGUGUUGAUGAAGAAUGUAUCAAGAGAAAUCGUAUGUUGAAAUCCAACGAAAUCGUUGAAUUAACUCACUUAGAUAUUCGUUCGCAAAUUCAAGCAAUCUUGACGAGAAAUCAACCGCUUCUCAAUCGAUGUGAUCUUUACCCCGCUACAGACGUUUGUUUUGCGGAUCAUUACCGAAAUCAAUCUGACUCAAUGUCUAAUCGUGUUACUCUAAUCGUUCAUACAGAUGGUGCUCCCGUUGUGAAAUCAUCGAAACAAAGCUUAUGGCCGUGUUUCGCAUCGUUAGUUGAAUUACCACCACCAGUACGUGACUAUCAAAAGAAUAUUAUUCUGAUGUCUUUGUGGACUUCGAAAAAGAAACCUGAUGCGAACGUAUUUCUAGAAGAAACUAUCGAAGAACUUAAACAUCUCAUCAAUCGUGGAACAUCGAUAUUCAUCAACGGUUAUGAAUACCAAAUCACUUUACAAACACAGUACUUUGUGUCAGAUUUGCCCGCGAAAGCGUUAUUCUGUAGAACAAUUAAUUUCAAUGGUUAUUCAGCAUGCACAGAAUGCUGUAGUAAAGGAGAAUGGAGUGGUCUGUACAAGGUCGUCGUGUAUCCGUUUACUCGCAAUAAUCUUACACCUCGCACACAUGCCGAAUACCUGGAUGCAGCCAAAGAAGCACAAAAGAAAUCUGCCCAUGGGAAAGCUGUGUCGAUCCGUGGUAUAAAAGGUCUUUCAACAUUGCUUGAGGUCUUUGAAUAUCCUUCUCAAAUUACGUUUGAUUAUAUGCAUCUCAUAUGUCUGGGACAUAUUCCAUCUUUAAUCAAACGUUGGUGUCAACGUGUUGACAAAUCAGCCCUACAUGCAAUCGAUGUUUCAUUGGAUCAACUCCUUUUGCCACACAAUUUGAGUAUACCUUUUUUAGAAUCCAUUGAGCAUGCAGAGCAAUGGAAAGCGAAAAACAGUCGAUUAUUUGUAUUGAAUGUGGGCGUGCCCGUCGUCACAUUACAUCUUCCACGGCUUUUGGCUUCACAUUAUCUAUUGUAUUCUUUAUCGAUAAUCAUGCUUCAUGCUCCUAAAUCCAAUGAUGAAACCAAUCUGGCAGAAGAUAUUAUCAAUUAUUAUUGUAAAACUUCAACAUUAGUACAUGAUCCUUCGAUCGAAUUGUUCUCUCUCCAUGCCCAUAUUCAUCUUGCUCAACAAGUGAGACGUCAUGGUGGUCUAGGUCACACUUCUGCCUUUGGUUUUGAAUCAUGUAUUCGUUUUAUUCAAAAGAAAGCUCAUGGCAGUAAAAAUCUUGGUAGUCAAAUUUCUUACUGGAUUGAUCUGCAAAGCACGGUUCAAGCCAAGACCAAAGUUCCAACGUUAUCUGUUGUCAAUGAAAUUAGGUUGGAUGACCGUCGACUUACUACGUAUCGGCCCAUUUUAUUAGAACAAUUCGAAACCAAUGGAAUCGAUUUGAAUUCGUGCACAUUCCACUUGCGACUCAAGAAUUUCUUUGUUACGUAUCACACAACUAUUUACGAUCAACCAUUCAAAUGCCGAAGCUUCAUCGUUUCAUUUAGCGAUCCAGUUCACAAACUUUUACGAUAUGGAAAUAUUAUCGUCUUUGUUCGAACGAAUGAGCAAUUUUAUGCUCUCAUUCAACGAUAUCGACUAAGUGAAAAAUGUAUAACGAAUUACGUUGACAUUCCUUGUUCAUUACAUUUGAAAGCGAAUGAGUUGUUUCCUUUAGUAGAACCAUCUGAUGAAUUAAUUCUCAUUCCUAUUACCGAAAUACGUCAUAAAUGUGUAAAAGUUCCAUUUGAUAAUGUCUUCUGUUUAUCGGAAAUACGAUUAGACUAUGAACAUGAUUAA